AUGGAUCAAACUACAAAUGAAUCUUUAGCGUUUGAGGAGUCAUCACUCACCCCAAACGUAUCUAACCUGAAACCCUUCCCCUCUCAAAACGGCAAAAUAUCGACUCCAGUGACGGACCAUAGGAGAAGACGGUCCUCCAGUGUAAUAUCGCAUGUCGAACAGGAAACUUUUGAAGAUGAAAACGACCAACAGAUGCUUCCCAACAUGAACGCCACGUGGGUCGACCAGCGAGGAGCGUGGUUGAUCCAUAUCGUUGUGAUUGUGCUAUUGAGGCUUUUCUACUCCUUAUUCCCCGGGUCCACACCCAAAUGGACAUGGACUUUGACCAACAUGACCUACAUCAUUGGAUUCUACAUUAUGUUCCAUCUCGUCAAAGGCACGCCGUUUGACUUUAACGGUGGUGCGUACGACAACCUUACCAUGUGGGAGCAGAUUAACGACGAGACCUUGUACACGCCCACCAGAAAAUUUUUGCUGAUUGUGCCCAUCGUGCUAUUCCUGAUCAGCAACCAGUACUACCGCAACGAUAUGACACUCUUCCUCUCCAACCUGGCAGUAACGGUGUGUGUCGGUGUCGUUCCCAAGCUAGGAAUUACCCAUAGACUAAGAAUAUCCAUCCCUGGGAUCACGGGUCGUGCUCAAAUUAGCUAA